AUGCAGCUGAAGAAUGACCUUCACCACCUCCAUAAAGGAUCGAAGACCAUGACUGAAUAUCUCCAGCGGAUCAAAAGCCUCACCGAUGCUCUUGAAGCUGCUGGACACGGCCUCUGCUCCGACGACAUCAUUCUCCACACCACUGGAGGCUUGGGCCUAGACUACGAUCCCCUAGUAAUAGAUAUUACAGCCCGCCAUGAUCCUCUCUCCAUUGAAGAACUCCACAGUCUCUUACUCCAGCAUGAACGCAGGCUAGAUCACCAACAUUCAGCUCUUUCGGACUUCUCUCUCCGCCACCUCAACAGUACACAAACCAGGAACUUGACCACCAAACUCCUCUCGUGUUUUCAAGCUACUGGCACUACCAAUCACUCCAAGGCCCUUGUUGAGUCUAACACCACCGACUCCUCAGAUGGUGAUUGGUAUCCAGACACUGGUGCCACAAAUCACCUAAUAGCAGAUCUGGGCAACCUCUCUCUCCGCUCUGACUACACUGACAUUGACAAGAUUGGUGUGGGUAACGGGGCAGUUCGCCAAUUUUGUUGUGAUAAUAGCGUUAUCUUUGAAUUUGAUGAUUCGAGUUUCAUUGUGAAGGACAAAAACCAGGGGACUCCUCUUCUUUCAGGAUCGACUAAGGACGGUCUUUAUCAGCUCUCUAUCUCACCAUCUAGCAGCUCCAAUAAGGAACUUGUGUUUCUCUUGGGAGUUUGUACUACAAUUGAUGGCUGGCACAAGCGUCUUGGUCACCCUCAGCAGCGCGUUGUCCAGCACAUUUUCUAG